AUGGGCGUAGCAAGCGCCGAAAAUAGUGAUACAGCUGCGGAUAUGACUACCGCUAAACCUAGAGAGAGACAGUUUCAGGUUGUCCCCGUACCGGGCAAAUUCACACGUGGCCGCUGGCAGUGUUGGGAUUAUAGGGACGAUAAACCAGACGUCUCCGAAAAAAUUCUUGAUUUUACCGAUAAAUCUGAGAAGAACGUUGCUCCAUCAACUGUGAAUGCGGAGGCACAGUCGAACACAAACGCAACUUCGAAUAUCACAUCACAAUUGAGUGCCGAUUGCGCGAGUGCAGCACAUCCGAUUAUUGAACAGCCACAGACAAUACUGAAGGCACAACAGCAACCUGCAGGAAAUGCUGCGAAUGCAACUCAGAAUCAAGCAGAUAUAUCGUUGUCAACAUCAACAAGCACACAGCAAGCACUUGCACAUAAAGAAUCAAGACCGGGAUUCAAAAAUCGGCGUCUCGAGAUGCCGUGCAAACAAGUUAACAAACAUACCACACAGGUGCCAUCAACAGUGACGAUAGUGAAUGAGGAGGAAGCAGAACUAGAUGGCGAACUUUGUGAAUCGUCACGAAGAUCGUCAUUGUUAUCUCAGUCAUCCGAAACUACAGAAACAAAAUCAACGAAGAGCUGCUCGACGACCAUAUCAAUACCAGUAGGCGUUGUGACGCUGCCUGAUAACGUUGAUUCGUCACCGUAUUAUUCGAUAUCUCCCUCUCUACCAGCAGUUCCAGCAAACAGCUUUGUUAAUCCAUCACUUAUAUCCGCGAUACACCAUUCUGCAUCUCACCAACGCAAAUGCGCCUUUCAGGUGUCGUAUUUUGUAUAUGAAUUUGUUGCCGUUCAGAUGACUGUUUAA